UCUUUAGCUCUUUGCCAAAUGUGGCAGUCUAAUUCAGGGAGCUCUUUACUGGGUUUAUUACAAAGUUCUUAUCAUGUAAGUCUCAGGUCACAAAAUGACAUUGAGAAUCUAGUUUAUCGGAGUUCCAGGAAAGAGAAAGAAAAGUUAUUUAGGUUUCUCUUUCAUUUCUCUUUUGCUACAGAGGGUUUGGGAUGUUCAGUUAAGAAUACAUUACUAGUUGAGGCAUGUAACGUUACACAGUCCUCUCUGUUUGUGUAUCUGGUGAGAUAUGCAAUGACAUGAGAGGCUUUCCGUGGCCAGGGACACCACUGCCCAAGCUGGACACUACAGGGAUGGAGGGUCUGGAGCCAGCAUGGGAAUUCCUGCUUUGAGAUCAGAGAACUGAGCACCUCAUGGGAGCUUGGGUACUCAUCCGCAGGAGGUCUAGGCCCCCAGAGACCUCCCUGAGUCUAAGGCACAGGCCCAACAUGUGUAGCACCAGUGCGUGUGACCUGGAAGAAAUCCCCCUAGAAGAUGAUGACCUAAACACCAUAGAAUUCAAAAUCCUCGCCUACUACGCCGGACACCAUGUCUUCAAGAGCACCCCUGCUGCCUCCUCACCAAAGCUGCUGCGAACAAGAAGUUUGUCCCUGAGGAAUCUGGGGAGUUGGUCAGCAAAUGAGUCAGGGACACAGGUGUCAUGGCCUUGCAGAAAUUCCCAAUCCAGUGAGAAGCCCAUAAACCUUGCCAAGAAGAAGUCUUCUUGGAAAGCACUCUUUGGAGUAGUGGAGAAGGAAGAUUUGCAGAUCCCACCUGCCAAAGUCUCUGCUCAAGGUCUAACGACAUUGGAAAACCAAGUUUCACACAGCCAGCAAAGGUCCAGGUCUGCUUAUCAUGAGAGGCUGCGCUUGGAGCAUGAAGGUAGGCAUCUGGGAUUUCUUUCUCUCCUACAUCCUAGUUUUUCCCUUCUUUGUGUGCAGAGUCCACGACUGCUCCACGUCUGGCAGCGCAAACGUUGCCCAGCUGGGCGUACGACAGUGCGGACCAGCUUCCGGCAGCACUACCAUCUCCGCGUGCACCACUUCAACUGUACAUAUAGCCUACUCAACUUACGACCAAAUCGUGUUACGACCGGUCCGCGGUCCCGACUGUGGUCGUAA